AUGGAAUACUUCACUGUAGAAUACGACGGAUACACGUACAAGAAGGAAGAGACCGAAAAUAAGAAGACAAUUGGGGCAGAUUAUUUGACAACCUUGCUUAACCCGAAUAAAUCUGAAUUAAAAGAAUUAGAAAGGAUUAUUCACAGGAUGCACACAAAAAGUAAAUGGAAAGAUCUUUCAGAUAAACAAGAGAGAAUGUAUUCGAAGAUGGAAAAGGUUCUUUCCAAGUUGAAAGCGUAUUCGCCCUUUUCCAUGCCCUUUUUAAAUAAAGUCAGCAAAAGGGAGGCACCUGAGUAUUACAACAUGAUAAAAAAACCAAUGGACCUGGGGAAAAUAGGGAAGAAAUUAUUCCUGCAAGAAUAUGUGGAUAUAAAUGGGUUUACAGCAGAUUUGGAGCUAAUUUGGGAGAAUUGCUUUAAGUUUAAUAAUUCGCAUGGGAAUGCGUAUGCAAUGUAUGCGCAAAAGAUGAAGGAGCGGUCUGUGGUUUUAUUGCAGGAUCUAUUCUCUGAGAGGGAGGUGGAAAUUGAGGAGGUCUCGGAUAUUCCGCAUUUUAUGGCAUCUGAGGUGAUUCGCAAGGAGAUGGUGGGGAUGCGGGCUGCAAUCUUGCAGAAUCCUGGAGAAUUUACGCAAAAACGGAACGAAAAGGGGAUGUGCGAAUAUUGGAGGAUGGAAGUGGGUGCAAUUAAGGCCCUUCAGCUGUAUAAAAACCCAGAGAAUUCUGGAAAUAAUUCACAAAAACCAGAGAUAACCCGAUAUAAUCCGAGAUACCAGAACAUGGCCCUAAAUGACCUAAAAACAACAGAUUUAUACCUCCCAGAGUACAUACACUUCUAUAAUAGCUUCCCAGUGUGUGAGAGUGAUUUAUGGGACACCUCAAGUUAUAGCGAGUUAUAUGGACUGAAUGAAAUACGUCAUCCAGGCUAUAAAGCAUAUAAUAAUACAGCAGCACAAAAGAUAUCUGAUAAAUUAAACACACAAAUGCACAUAGAAUAUUCUAACGGAAUUUUCAAAAAUUCCAGCGGAAUAAUCCCAAAUCUAUUCAUCACACAGAAAGAAGUAUCCCAUUUAAUCACACAGUUUAUUUCCCUGGACUUACUAGCCACAGGAUUCACCUCCUCAGAGGCAUCUGCCUUAGACGUAUUAGUGUCAUACACAAUUGCACAAAUUCAUAAAAUAUCCAGAGACAUAAAACAGGCACACCAUGAGAUAACCAGGAAUAACCCGAAUAUAACAAAGGAUAACCAGAAGAUAAGAAAUGAUCUAUUAAAAAGGCUCAUAGAUAAGUAUAAAAUAAUAACAACAGAAGUACAUGCACCACAAUUCUUCUCAGAGGACGAAGAAAGAACAGACGAUGAUUCCAUGAUGGAUAUGAUAUAUUCUAAUGCAGAUGAUGUAGAUGGAGAUAUAGAGGAUGAUUGA